UCUCACAUGUGAAGCAGUAUGAGAGUAAAACACACAGGAGUGUCCUUCCAGCAUUGCGGCCAGUUUACCAGUCACUUCCUCUUUGGUCCAUAAAUCUCUCAGAGAGAAAAGUCUCCGUCCUCCUAGAAGUGCUGAAACUCCAAACACAGAAGAUACCAGUGAAGCUGGAAGACUGUUCAGAUGAAGAGAGUGAAGUGAGGAGUUUCCUUCAGUGUCUGCCCUACAUCUCACAGCUCAGGUUUCAUGUUCGUUAUUCCCGGAAGCCGAAAAACACAGAGUUCCUGAUGAAUCUCCUCCAUCACACUAUAGAAAGUGACAGACACACUGGGGGAAAAUCACUGGAGCUGUUAGCAUCAGUGUGUAAUCACACAUCUUUUCCAUAUGGAGAAAGAUCUACAUUUUAUAACAGUGAAUUCCUGCUGGAUCUGUUCUCACAUAUGAAGCACUAUGAGAGUAAAACACACAGGAGUGUCCUUCCAGCAUUGCUGCCAGUUUACCAGUCACUUCCUGUUUGGUCCAUAAAUCUCUCAGAGAGAAAAGUCUCCGUCCUCCUAGAAGUGCUGAAACUCCAAACACAGAAAAAACCAGUGGAGCUGGAAGACUGUUCAGAUGAAGAGAGUGAAGUGAGGAGUUUCCUUCAGUGUCUGCCCUACAUCUCACAGCUCAGCUUUGAGGAUUAUAAUUACCAGCACCAGAAACAUGCAGAGUUCCUGAUGAAUCUCCUCCAUCACGCUACAGAAAGUGACAGACACACAGGGGGAAAAUCACUGGAGCUGUUAGCAUCAGUGUGUAAUCACACAUCUUUUCCAUAUGGAGAAAACUCUAUAAUUGAUAACAGUAAAUUCCUGCUGGAUCUGUUCUCACAUGUGAAGCAGUAUGAGAGUAAAACACACAGGAGUGUCCUUCCAGCAUUGCUGCCAGUUUACCAGUCACUUCCUGUUUGGUACAUAGAUCUCUCAGAGAGAAAAGUCUCCGUCCUCCUAGAAGUGCUGAAACUCCAAACACAGAAGAAACCAGUGGAGCUGAAACACUGUUUUGAUGAAGAGAGUGAAGUGAGGAGUUUCCUUCAGUGUCUGCCCUACAUCUCACAGCUCAUCUUUAAAGAUUGUAAUUACCAGCACCAGAGACAUGCAGACUUCCUGAUGAAUCUCCUCCAUCACAGUACAGAAAGUGACGGACACACAGGGGGAAAAUCACUGGAGCUGUUAGCAUCAGUGUGUAAUCACACAUCUUUUCCUUAUGGAGAAAGAUCUACAUUUGAGAACAGUGAUUUUCUGCUGGAACUGUUCUCACAUGUGAAGCACUAUGAGAGUAAAACACACAGGAGUGUCCUUCCAGCAUUGCUGCCAGUUUACCAGUCACCUCCUGUUUGGUACAUAGAUCUCUCAGAGAGAAAAGUCUCCGUCAUCCUAGAAGUGCUGAAACUCCAAACACAGAAGAUACCAGUGGAGCUGGAAGACUGUUCAGAUGAAGAGAGUGAAGUGAGGAGUUUCCUUCAGUGUCUGCCCUACAUCUCACAGCUCAGCUUUGAGGAGUCUUACUUUGUAGACAAAGAGAAUGUAAUGAAGUGGAGAAAAUUUCUACUGGAUUUGUGUCUGCAAACAGUUAUACACCAACCACAAAACAUCCAGCAGACAGUGGAGAAUGUGAUGACAGAGCUUGAAGAAUAUGAUAAAGAUAAAAAUUGUUAUUAUUAUGAAGAACAGAGUGAAUUCCUGCUGGAUCUGAUCUCACAUCUGAAGCAGUAUGAGAGUAAAACACACAGUAGUGUCCUUCCAGCAUUGCUGCCAGUUUACCAGUCACUUCCUCUUUGGUCCAUAAAUCUCUCGGAGAGAAAAGUCUCCGUCCUCCUAGAAGUGCUGAAACUCCAAACACAGAAGAAACCAGUGGAGCUGAAAGACUGUUCAGAUGAAGAGAGUGAAGUGAGGAGUUUCCUUCAGUGUCUGCCCUACAUCUCACAGCUCAGGUUUCAUGUAUGUGAAGAAAACUCUUGGUUAAUUCCAUGUUUAAGUAAAGCAGUUGUUGACCAUGCAGAAGAUACAGAGCUGGUGAGAGCUUUCUUUGCUGCUAUGGACUUCGUCCUCAUUAUAGAUUGGGUUGUAACUACUCGUGAGUGCAGGGCUGUGAGGAAAUUACUCAAUCUCUCAGACUUCAGACUCAAACUCACUCUGAAACCACAAGCCAUCUCUCUCAGAGGGGCCAGACUUCUCCUCAGACACAUCACACACCUACAGAAACUCUGCCUGAGUGAGCGUGUGGUAGUGAGGUUGGCCGGAGCAGUGAGAGCCGGUGGGUCAUUCAGGAGCAGUGAGAGCCGGUGGGUCAUUCAGGAGCUCUGUCUGGACUUUAACAUCAUAAACCCAAAGAUCUUCAGAUUUCUGAGCAGUUUGUCAUCCCUCCUGAACCUCUGGACUGUCCACUAUGUGAACCUCACUGAGUGCAGGAUGGAGGCUCACUCUCUCCUCAGCCUCAUGUGUCAUCCUGGCCUUUUAAAGAUCAGAUUAUCGAAACCGACUCUCCAGCAGUUUACUGAUCUGCUGUAUGAGGCUCAGGAUCGGGAACUGAAUCGCUUUUUCCUGGAGAAGGUGGGAGGAGACCUGACUUCCUGUUCUCUCAGCUGGGAGAAGCUUAUCUAUUUUCUCCAGCAGCGAGUUUGCUGCAUUAGUGUGAACAUCAGAAAGAACAAAAUCACUAAUAAACACACCAAAGAGAUUCUUCCUCUACUGUCUGAAAUUCAAUUUAAACGAUUGAACCCCGGUGAUCUGCUGUCAAUCAUCAGAGAGAUCUAUGAGACUGACUCUGCUCACUAUGUGUCCAGUCUUUUAAAGUCAACACACAACUGUAUUAACCUGAACAAUACACAUCUGGACUCAUACCACUGUACUGCCCUGUGCUUCACCCUCCAACACUGUACAUCUGUCUCUCUGAGCCUGAUGUGGACCUCCAUACCAGACGGGGGGCUGGUGAAGAUUCUACCUCUGUUCAACAGACUUUCUCAGCUCAGUGUUGACAGGUUUCUGUUGCUCAAGUUACUCCACUGUUGCAGUAUCUCUGAGCUCCAACAGGGGGCAGCAGCAGCUGUUUUCUCUGCUCUGCAGAACAGACUGGAUUUCUCCUACAGCAGUGGUUUGGAUCUGAGCACAGAAACACAUGAUAAAACUCUGCAUCUGAGCACUGAGGACUGCAGAGACAUCAGCACUGCCAUCCAGAAAUCCCAGCAACUUACAGAGCUCAUUCUAGAGGACUGUGAGCUGGAGGACACUGGAGUUGACGUGUUCUUACUCAUUCUACAUACUGUGACACUACGCUGUAGUAAAUCUUUGUUGCUCCGGUUCCUGGCUCUUCUUCGUGUGGUCAAUCAGUCAGACUGUGUGAUGAAUGCUAUGUCCCUCUCAAAGGCUCUGAAUGGAGAUAUGGACCUCAGCGAGGCCCCUCUGGAUCUCCAUGCAUGUAGAUCAUUAGCAUUGUUUCUGGAGUUUUCUGAAGGUCUGUCAGAACUGGACCUCAGUCACUGCAAGCUCACUGAUCAGGGCCUGGAGCUGCUGUUACCACAUCUGCAUAAAGUGGAGGUCCUGGACCUGAGUCACAAUGACAUAGAUGAUUGUUUAGCAGGAAGAAUCUACACAGCUGUUUCCACUAGCAGCAACAUACAGACAGUUCGACUCUUCAACAACAGAAUUACUGAUAAGGAACCUUUCCAAAAAGACAAGCGCUUCGAGAUCUGGUGAUGACUGUGGACCCAUGUCCUGUUUUCAUCCUAAACAUUAUAAGGAACAAGAAUGCACGUUUAUGAGGUUUGGCAGAUGCACUGAUCCAGAGCGACUUACUGUAUGUUUGAAGUCGUGAUGCAUGAACACAUCAAUUCUGGUUCACUAGAUCAUGGACUAAGUUUUCAUUUCUCACUGAUGGUGUAGUGUUUGGGUUUUUUUUUUAAAGAAUUGUGCUGUUUAAAGAAUUGUGCUAAACGUUAUACUGUGUUCGAUUUGUGUAUGUGGCAAAUAAAAUUUUAAUAGAACAUUUCACUAUUUUUCCUAUUAUUUAUGCAUUGGUACUUUUG